AUGUCUACAAGAAGUGUACCUCUGACGGUGACGAUGCUAACAGAGUGCGCCCUAGUCGUGAUCGUCACGGCCCCGUUGGCUAUUGCCAUCCUCGCAAAACGAGCAUAUAAAGAGCGAAAGGACCACGUUACUAUAUUAUUCCUCAUCGCCGCCGACAUCUUCUACGCGUUAUCGUUUGGGUAUAUGAAUGUUGAGCGUUAUAUCUUUCGCCCGCCAGGCUACAAUUCCUCUGCCGUACCGAAGGUGCCCGCUUCUGACUGCAACUUCCACCCGACGUGUAUAUUUAUGUUUUUGAGUGUGCAAGUGCUGGGAUCGAUUAAUUUGUCGGUAGCUGUGGAUAGGCUUAUAGCUACCGUAUGGCCUACGAAGUACUACCAGCUUGGCCCGAGGGCGAGUGUCAUUUUAAUGUCAGUGCCUUUCCUCGUAGCCAUCUUUUUCUACGUGCUCAACUGUAUCUUGAAUUAUACGAGUGAAGAGGUCAUUUCGGCGACCUGCCCUUACUACUCCUUCCCACAUCCGGUCCUCGACCCAUUCUUCACUUAUCAUCGGCUCGUGAGUACGGCGGCUACGAUCCCGAUCUACAUGGUUAUUGGGUUCUUGUUGUGGCGGCGAACGGUGCGGCAUCGAAAUCUAAACGGACGACAACAGAGCAACCACUUGGCCAUACAUUUAACGCUAGCAAUGACGACCCUAGCGGCAGUGAUAUUCAUGAUGGUCCCUGACAUCAUCACUGCAGCGAUCCCAAGAAGAACGCUGGGCGGCGAUUUCCGGUUGAUAUUGAGCUGCGUGGUGCUGGGCAAGGCUUUCGCCAACUUUGCCAUCUACAUCUGGCGAUUUCGCGAGCUGCGCACACUGUACAUUCAGCUAUUUACGAAAAGCUUCCAAGUGAGGCGGAAAACUGUGAUCGACAUGAGCUCAAACAAUUUGACGCCUAUAAAA